AUGGUGAAGCAGUUCUCUGGGAAGACCUACGAGCUCGACAUGGAUAGUCAGCAGAAUGUUGAGGCCAUGUUUGACGUCUACGGGGUAACAGACCCAGCCCACAAGCAGGUAGCCCUGAAGACGAAGGCUCAAGUGACAUUGACUGUGGACGGAGACAAGUACACAGAGACAACCCAAACAGGGAACCACCAGACCAGCGUCACGUUCCGGCUGGGAGCGGAGUUUGCAGAGGAGAUCCUGGGCCACAAGUGGAAGAGCUCCGUCUCCCUCAAGGACGACCACACGCUGCUCAAGGUCGAGAAAGGCGAGGAUGGCAAGACCGUGACCCUCGAGAAAAGCUUCAGCCCUCAGCAGCUGGUCGUGGGCAACAAAAGCCCUCCUGCUGCCACCGACACUGCUGGGGGGCCUCAACAACACCAGCCACGGUGA